AUGGAAGACCGUCGCAAGUGGCCGGGGGGUGUCAUCAAGCUUACAGACGAGGUUAUAAGCUUUCUCUACGGCUCUGGUGAAACCCCCGUGGACGGGGCAGAUACGCGCAGCCCCAAAAACGGAUGGGGGACGAAUCAUGAUCUUUUUGAAGCGGAGUAUACUUGGCCCAACGUCAGUAUCCAGGAUCUUACGAAACUAGGAAUGAACCACUAG